AUGAUGGCGAUUUUCCUCCCAACCCGACCUGCAAAACUGUACCCGACCGUGAUUUUCUUUCCCCUCUGUCGACGAGCUGCUGCUGGUACCAGUGCGACGGGCGAUGGCGACAGACGCCCCGGGAGCAGCAGUAGAAGCGGAGACCUCUCUCCUUCCUUAACUUCCAAUGGGCGGAGUAGCAGCAGUCAGCUGCUUCGCCCUUCCCUCUCCUUCCUCAACGGCGACAGGCGCCUCCAUUCUCAAGGCGACGGGGCGAAGCAGCAACAAAGAUAA